CCAGUGGUGCCUAGCUCUCCAGCCUCCUCCCCACCCAACAAUAGCUUGUAUAUUACCAGCGGAAAUGCAAGAAGCAAUGAAUCACAUAUGCGAUCUUUUUUGACUCUCCGUUUUUGUCUUCGUUAAACUGCUGUACUCUGGUGAAAACCUCGAUCCGGUAUAAAUUCAAUGGUGUCAUGUUUUGGGGGUUCGCAUAAUGCAAUUUACACGGUUGUUUGCAAUGGAAACAUCUGGCCUUUUAAACACAAAGCGAGUCAAAUAAGAAAAUACUACUAGUGCUGUGCACACAACGGACCAACAUCUUUCCAAUGUUGUAGCCGAUUUCUCAACGGGAAAUACCUUCGCCAAAGCUGUGUAAUCGAGACAGAAUUCAAGAAACAGCGGUUGAUAGAAACUACCAGCUGUGCAAGAUGAUCAUGUUUCACCAACAGCUCUUGAAAUGUUUUCAAUCCAACCGGUCUGAGCGCCUCCCAUCAGUUUGAGACACGAUCCUUAAAUGAUGACCUAUUCUUUGCCAAAAGCAAUGUGAUCUAUUGCACAGAUCGUGGCAUAUUGCUUCUUCGUGUUUUCUACAAGCCUGCCAUUGAGGAACACAUAAGAAAAUGGGGAUUAAGUCCAGGAAUGCUGGUAACGCUUCAGGGGAACAAAAGGACAAGAAUGAUGGGUUGUCGGGGGAGAACUUGGGGACUGAUAAAGAUGGAACCCUUUUGCUCAUGGGUCCCGAAAAAGAUGAUUUUAAACGGGGUUCUCAGUGUCUGGGACUCUUGGCCAAAACGCCCCUCGGAUACACGAGACCUGUAAAGCGGAAUAAUGUCAAGUACAGAAGAAUUCAGAACUUGAUUUACGACGCGCUUGAGAGACCUAGAGGAUGGGCUUUACUCUAUCAUGCUUUUGUAUUUUUGAUUGUGCUUGGUUGUUUAAUCUUGGCCAUCUUGACAACUUUUAAAGAAUAUGAAGAGGUAUCAAACUGGCUCGUUAUAUUGGAAACCUUCACAAUUUUCAUAUUUGGAUCAGAGUUUGCUUUAAGAAUCUGGGCUGCUGGUUGCUGUUGUCGGUAUAAAGGAUGGAGGGGGCGUCUGAAAUUUGCCAGGAAGCCUUUGUGUAUUUUAGAUAUCUUUGUACUCAUUGCCUCCGUGCCAGUUGUGAUUAUACAGAAUGAGGGGAAUGUGUUGGCCACAUCCCUGAGAAGUUUGCGUUUUCUGCAGAUAUUGCGGAUGCUUCGGAUGGACAGGAGGGGAGGAACGUGGAAGCUUUUAGGCUCAGCCAUUUAUGCACACAGCAAGGAACUCAUCACUGCCUGGUACAUUGGAUUCCUGUCCCUCAUCCUUGCAUCAUUCCUUGUUUACUUGGUUGAAAAAAAUGACAUUGAUAUGGAGUUAACUCCUGCACCCACUGGUAACCCAAAUAAUAUCCAGGAUUUUGAUACAUAUGCAGAUGCACUGUGGUGGGGCUUGAUAACUCUAACCACUAUAGGCUAUGGUGACAAAACCCCUAAAACAUGGGCAGGUCGUCUCCUGGCUGGAACAUUUGCCCUCGUUGGAGUCUCGUUCUUUGCUCUUCCAGCUGGGAUUCUAGGCUCAGGGUUGGCUUUAAAAGUUCAGGAGCAGCAUCGGCAAAAACACUUUGAGAAACGCAGGCACCCAGCAGCAGGCCUGAUACAGUCUGCAUGGAGGUAUUAUGCCACCAACUCCAGCAGAAAUGACCUUAUUGCCACCUGGAGAUUUUAUGAGACCAUCAUAUCACUACCCUGUUUCAGAAAGGAUCAACUUGAAGGAGUUUCCAGCCAGAAAAUGAGUCUCCUGGAGCGUGUUCGCCUAUCUAACCCACGGACGGCAACUAUCAAGGGAAAGCUGUUCACACCUCUGAAUGCAGAUGCCAUCGCAGAGAGCCCAACUAAGGAGUCAAAGGCAGGGACUUUCAGUAACAGAGAGAGAUUCCGAACUGCCUUUCGUAUGAAAGCUUAUGCUUUUAGACAGAGUUCAGAAGAUGCUGGAGCUCUGGCAGACCCAGGGUCUGAAGACAAGGGCUACCCCAGCGACCUAUUACUGGAAGAGAUGAUACCUACGCUGAAAACAGUUAUCAGGGCUGUUAGAAUCAUGAACUUUCUUUUGAACAAAAGGAAAUUCAAGGAGACACUGAGGCCUUAUGACGUAAAGGAUGUGAUAGAACAGUACUCAGCAGGGCAUAUUGAUAUGCUUUCCAGAAUUAAAUACCUCCAAACAAGAAUAGAUAUGAUUUUGUCUCCAGGACCCCCUUCUACUCCAAAACAUAAGAAGGCUCAAAAGGGAUCUUUUUCAUACCCCUCCCAACAAUCUCCUAGAAAUGACCCAUAUUUACUCAAAGGACCAGUGCCAGAGGCUGAAGACCAAAGCAUGAUGGGAAGAUUUGUGAAAGUUGAAAGACAGAUUGAACAUAUGGAGAAAAAACUUGACUUCUUAGUGGAUAUGCAUAUGCAGCAUAUGGACCAACUGCAGGAAGAACCAUGCAGACACCAUUUUCCAAAAGAGACUUCAGGCCAACAAAGCCCGACAGAGGACAAAGAGGACAACAGGUACACAGAGAUAAAAAAGGUAUUUUUCAGCUACACUGAACCUUGUUCUCGUAUGUCUUACCAAAUCCCAGUCAGCAAGGUGACUCCAUAUAGUUUCUUCAGGAACGAUCCAAGGUGCACCAGCUUUUCAGCAUCCUUGACAAUGGACAGGUCAGGCUGCAUGAGGCUGUCACCUCCCCCUGUACCAUCCUACACUGAACGCCCCAGUGUUUUGCCCAUCAGUACACUGGUGGACUCCAGAAAUAGCCUGCAAUAUGAAAGGGAGCAGCAACCCCCCUUCAUGGAUUGCCCAUCGCCACGGCAGGGCUGGACCUUGAUGCGGGACACAGAUACCCCGCUGUCACUUCUUUCAGUCAAUCACGAGGAACUGGAGCGCUCACCCAGUGGCUUCAGCAUCUCCCAAGAGAAAGAUGAUUUGACUUUUAGCCCCAACGGUGGGGGGUCGAGUUGGAUGAAAGAAAAACGAUACUUAGCAGAAGGUGAGACAGACACUGACACUGAUCCUUUCACACCAAAUGGGACUCUUCCUUUGUCAUCGACAGGGGAAGGAUUUCCUGACGCAGUAUGGACCAACUACAGUUCUGGAAUUUAGCUGGGUACGGAGCAAGGAAGAUUUUGAGUAGGGAGUCAAAAAUAGAUUUCUUUAAUGUAAAGUAUACACACUUUGUAUAUUUCACCUCAUGAAGAAAUAAAAUAAUUAACCCAAAGCUUUAUUGCUGCAGAGCAACAGGCGCCGCAUGUAAUGCAUGCAAAUCUAGUGAUAGACACUGCAAAGUCAAAAUAUAUACAAAAAAAGCUAUGACAUUUCAUAUCAGUAAAAAGAAACUUCAGUUGUUUGUGCAUGGUUUGCAUGGAGCUACACCAUAUAAAAUGACUGAACCAAAUGUUAUGAGCUUUAUUGUAUAGUACAUGUGUGGCUUUGAUUCCAGUUUCAUGUGCCAGGAAUUAAGCAGAUUAAUUUAAUUUAAUUUAUUUAUUUCUUGAAUAAGGUGCAACAAGGUAUAGAGGUGUGAAGACAGCCCAACCUCAAUUCAUGUGUGUGCAGUUCUGCAGGGGUGUGGAAUUUUUGAAAAACAAAAAAUGCUUGAUAGAUCUACUUGCCAUUUACAGUAUAUGCUGGUAUUUGCAUAGUCUAUAAAUGUAUCUAUAUGGGUGAAUGCUGAAUUUCAGAAAAAAAAGAGUACUGUACAUACUAGUUUGACUUAAACUUACUUGCUAGUUAGGAUGAACACAAACACAUUUCAUACUUUAAUUAUUAUUUUGCCGUUCCAUCUGCAUGUUUACAUUUAGACACAUGAUAGCACUUAUGGAUAAACUUAUAUGAAGAGAGAUUAUUUGUAAAACAAAUUUGCAACACAGCAUCAUGUAAAAUGUCCUAAUGCCUUCACAGAACUGAUACAGCUAAUAUUUGCCAUUCAAUAUUGUUGACAAUAAUAUGGUAAUCAUUUUAUGUUCUCAUAUUUUUUGGCAAUGAAAAACAGAACAACAUUUAGAUUGUAGAAACAAUUCAAACAUGUGGAUUCCUUUUUUAACCAAUAAACUCCUUAAAAAUGUAUCAACAAUUAUCCACUAACCUGACAGUGUCUUUUCAGUAGCAAGACCAUUGGGGAAGUCAUCUGCGGAAGUCAUUUUGUCUAGCUUUUAAUUUGCAAGGUUUUCUGAGCAUGACUUUCAGUGGAGCCCAUUCUGGCUGUGCCUAGUUGCUGAUCUUUGCUGGGGAUCCCACUUAGACAUUCAAAAUGAGGGUGGAAAAGGCAUAAUAAUUGGACACUCUAAAGCCCCUUUCACACUGGCACAACUACCCGGCUCUGGACCUGGGUUCCUGCUACCCGGGUCACAAUCCUGCAUAGUGUGAAACCACGUACCUGGAUCGUACCUUGGUUGACUCGGAUCCCAGCGCCCCACCUCAGGAUGUGGAUCAACACGCUUUGACCCGGGUGGACCGAGACAAAAUGCAUGACGGACAUUUGUGAGCCAACCCAAUAACAAACAGCCACGCCUGCAAGAAGGUUUCAUUUCUGCAAGGAACAUUUCUGUUUAUUCUGUUUAGCUAUAUUUCUGUUGACUGAGACACAGCAUGAGUCAGAUUACAGCAGGGAAACAUUUGCUCUAAUCAACAUUUGGGCUGACGGUUCAAUCCAGAGAAGCUUGAUGGAAGCGUCCGUAAAAAAGCUGCUUCUGGGGGCAUUCAUACUUGCAUUGUAUACUCGCAUAUGUCAACCAGGUCAACCCUGCUUUAUCAAAAACUGUGUGAAAUUGCGCACCCAACCUGCAUGACACUGGGUCCUCACCUGGGUAGGUUCUGACUCAGGUAGAGCAAAAGGGUGAGUGUGAAAGGGGCUUAAAUUGUGCCAUUAUGAAGGUUUAUAAAUGUACAGAAUAUUUUAUUAUGACGUACUGUUUUAUUUACAGCUUCGGAAAAGAAACUACUUGUAUGAGAGAUGUGUUUAAGAAAUAUGCACCAGUAUUUGUUUUUAACAUGAUUUUAAUGUAAUCAUGUCUGGAAUCUGUCCAUCAAAUGUGUGCAUAUAAAAAAAAAACAUAACUUAUGCAAUGUACAAAGUCCCAGUGUUGAAUUCUACAGUCUUGUAUUGCCUGCAUUUCUUUAAACAAGCACAUUAUUUAUCCAUAAUGUCAAAUGCAUAAUCAUACAUUCAAGGUAAAAAUUGAAUUUAGUAAUGCCUUUGAAAUACAGUUAUUUGUAUAUUAAUAUAUAUUUUAAUACUUAAGGCUAAAUUAUUGGCAUUUUUGUAUAAACAUGACAUAUUUUGUGUAACUUAUAUAAAUAGUCUUAUAAUAGUCUUACCAUCUCCUACAUAGUCAUGCAAUGUUGUUUUACCAUCAUCUCUUGUUUUGUUCAUUGGUAACUGAUCUUACAUUGAAUGUCAUUAUGUACCAAAGCAAUAGAAGUCCAUUUUUCUAUUUUUCUUCCAAUACAAUUUCCUCCUCUCCUCCACUUGACUAUUUAGUGUCCUGAAAGCUGCACAAACAAGACUGCCAGAAUGCAACUUUUGGUCUGUGACACAUUCUUUUUCUGCUGUACCUGUUACUGUUACUCAGUACCUAAUUUGAUCUGUACUGAACUCCACACUUCUCAAAACUUAAGUUGAAAAUGCAAAAUAUUUAUUAAUUAGCCUUUUUUCCCCCUGUAUAACCUACAUUGACUAAAAAUAUAAUAGUUCAAUAAGUAAAACAAGCAUGUGCUGUCGAUUCUCUACUAAUUUGUAAAGAUGACUGAAAUGAAGCUAUAUGGGUCUUGGACUUUCAGAGCUGAUGGUAGCCUUUUUUGUGCCUACUGGUGAGAUGACCAAGCCUUUAUUUGAUACUAGGGGUCGGACCAAAUCAAACCCUGAUCGCUCUUGCGAAAGAGUGUUUAUGCGAUAAUAACGCAUUUUCUUUAUCACGAAACCAAAACUAGCCAUUUCCAAUCUGCGAAAUUGCUGGAGAGAAGUUUCGCUGGAGUAGGAGGGACCACCGAAAGCAACAUGAAAACAGCUGUUGACCAAUCCCCAGCCGGUAUUUGUGACAUUUUGAAGGGGCGGAAACAAGGCGGUAACAUGCGAAAAGGCAGGCGAAGACAGCCAGGGCAGAAAAAAAUAAAGUAAAAGUCUGUGUUGUACUACUGUUUCGUUUGAAUAUCAGUGAAUGAAUGCUAGUACAUACAACUACUACUAGUAAUAAUAAUAAAAAUAUGUUUAUUAAUAAUAAUAAUAAUAAUAAUAAUAAUAAUAAUAAUAAUAAUAAUAAUAAUAAAAAUAAUAAUUAUCUGCUUUUAUUUUUAUUGUGUAAAUAUUGAAAAAUACGGACGUGAGUUUGAAAGAACACUCACACACACACAAACACACACACACAAACACACACAC